AUGAUAUCUGCAUUAGCAAAUACAAUAAAUAAGAAUGUUGUUUCGUUUUACGUAAGCGGUAAUUAUUGUAGCCCAAUUUCACACUUGCCAAAAACUGGGCUCUUUGGGAUAUAUUCUCAUAAGCUAUAUGUUCAAAGUAAUAACAAAAUCGUUUUAAAAAAUGUAAAAAAAAUAAAAAAUGAUACGAAUAGUAUACACAGGCAUGAAGAGCUUUGUUCACCUGCUUAUAUAGGAACCCAUUUCAACUCUGAAAAUUUGAAUUAUUAUGAUCAAAAAGAAAAUAAAACAAAUUAUUUAACUAAGAUAGGAUGUGGAAAUGCUUAUGAUAGUAAUAUAACUUUUGGAAUAUAUCCAAUUCUUUCAACUUUUGUUAAGUUUAAUAAAUUUAUUGGAAAAUGUCAGUUUAGUACAAAAAAUAUAAGAGGAAGAAUGUUUUAUAAAAGAAGACCAAAACAAAUACCAAAAUUAAAAAAAAAAAAUUGGAGAUCAAAAUGGUUAGAAGGUGCACCACAAAAAAGAGGUAUAUGUUUAAAAGUUCGAGUUCAAACACCCAAAAAACCAAAUUCAGGAUUAAAAAAAAUAGCACGUGUUCGAUUAUCCACAGGAAGAAUUGUUUCUGUUUAUAUACCUGGUAUUGGUCAUAAUUUAAACACACAUAGUAUUAUAUUAGUAAGAGGUGGUAGAUGUAAAGAUAUACCUGGAUGUAAUUAUAAAGCUAUUCGAGGUGUAUAUGAUUUAUUACCAGUAAAAAAUAGAUUCCGUGGAAGAAGUAAAUAUGGUGUUAAACUUUCAGAAGAUAAAAGAAAACAUUUAUUAGAACGAUAUAACUUUAAACAUAUUACAAUACAAAAAGACAUUGAUGAGUUUAAUAAAUUUAAAUGGUAUAAUUUUGUAGAUAAAGAUAAAAAUUUAAGAGAUAAACCUUUGGAACCUAAUGAAAAUACACCCAUAGAUAUUUUCCAUUUUAACACAUAUUAUAGAAAUAAAAAAUUUCAAAAGUCUGAAGAAGAGUAA